AUGACACCGACCCGAUCUUCUCUCACGCAAUCCCGGCAUGUCCUUGAAGCGAUCUCCUACCUUGCCGAAUUCGGCAAAGACGAUCAAGUGACGGAGGAAGAAAUUGUCGACCGGCGGGCCCUGUUAGUGGACGAUAUCCGAGUGCUGACAGAUCUGGCUAGUACCUCGCGAACGGUGACCACGGGGCUGACGCGGAUCAACGACAUCUACCAGGACAUGCUCACCCUCGCCCACCGAUUGCAUCGGGAAACGAAGGAUCUCUACGCAACAAUUCCCCACGACUACCAGCGCGAGAAGGUAGACGUCAGCAAGCCGCACCACUCAAUCUUCGCCGCCGCGUAUCUGGCCGCCUAUGUCGACAACCCGGCGGAUUUGCGGCCGGGCAGUGAUAUAGUGCUCAAGGCGUCGUGGGCAAUGCAGGAGAUGCUCACCAAGACGGCGCAUUAUGCGGCUGUCUCUCGGCGUACGGCGUCAGAAUACUAUCGUCUACAAGGCGAGUACGACGUCAUUCUCGACCGGGCCAUCUAUUUUGUCGAAACUGUUGAGGCUCUUCGUGAAGAAACGCCAUCUAUGGUC